GGUAGAAUCUUGUAGGGAUUGAAGAAGGAUCUCGACUCGAAGCAGCGACAGUCCAUUUCCCUCCACAGAUGCUGCCUGACCCGCUGAGUUCCUCCAGCUUGUGUGUUGCUCCAGAUUCCAGCAUCUGCAGUCUCUUAUGUCACCAAAGGGGUGCAGCAGUUGGCCAGGGAGCUUAAUUUGCGACAUCAUUUCCAUGCUUUGGUGAAGUGGUGUUGAAAUGAGAUCAAAGCAGCAGAAAGGGGAGGGGUCGGUCGGUCAGUCAGCAGGAGCUGAGGCUGGGUUGGCAGAGGAAAGGGUCACCAGCUAUUUGCAGAGCAAUGAUGCACAGCCCUGUGUGUGUGUGUGAGUGUGAGUGAUUCACACAAGAAACCGGCCGGGGCUCCGCUGCUCCCCCUACCGGCAGCAAAGACCGUCCCACGGCACCGCCGGCUGGAAAUCCCCCGCUGGAAAGUCCGGCGUGUUUCCCCCUUCUCAGCUGGUUUCUCUUGGUUUACCAAGAGAAGGGAGAGAAAAAUAGGAGUGUCCUCAGACGAGCUGCUUACAACGCGACGGAGAGGGAGCAGUGGAGCCAGCUGCUGGCACAGACAGCGAGCUAAGACUUCAGGUCAUUCAGGGCGAGGGGGAAGGGCUCCACUCAGCCGGUAAAUGUCACUUUUGCAAACGGCGAGCGGGCUGCUGGCGGCUUCUGGCGGGGUUUGUGUGCGCUGAGUUGCUCACUUCGCCCUGUCCCACUCCUCCCCCGAGUGUGCCUCGGUCAGUGAGCCCCAUUCUCGCUGCAGUGUGCGCGGAAGAUGGCAGCUGAGGGCAACCUGUUGCCUCAGUUUCUCUUUGCCAGCAACCUGACCAAGUACGUGAAGCUCAGGGAGAAGAUCCAGAGGGACCUGGUCAAGCCAACCUGUGCCAACGGAUUGAUCCACCAUUUCAGGAGCCUGCACAAGUACACGGUGGAGCUCUUUCGGCAGAGUCACUUCAGCCCUCAAUUCAGGACUAUGAUCCAGGAGACUCUGCUCGACAGGGCCCAGCAGAACGCCCUUCAAGGAGACAGGAAUCUCAACUGGUGCAGAGAGGUCAAGAAACUUGUCCCUUUGAAAACAAACGGUGACGGGAACUGCCUGCUGCAUGCCGCAUCCCAGUUCAUGUGGGGAAUUCAGGACAUUGACCUCACCCUUCGCAAGACGCUCUGGGAAACUCUGACAGAAACAGACACCAGAAACUUCAAAUUACGCUGGCAGAUUGAAUCUGUCCGCUUGCAAGAGUUUGAGGCCACGGGCCUUCGUUAUGACACCAAGAACUGGGAGGAAGAAUGGAAAAAAGUAGUUAAAAUGGCAUCUGUAACUUCAAAUUCAGACCAACGUGGACUGUCAUAUGAUUCGCUGGAGGAAAUCCACAUAUUUGUCCUUGCCAAUAUUCUUAGAAGACCAAUCAUUGUCAUUGCAGACAGAGUGCUGAGAAGCUUUGACAAUAACACUAGUUUGGCUCCCUUGCACUUUGGAGGAAUUUACUUGCCGUUGCACUGGCCAGCCCACGAGUGCUACAAGUACCCCAUCGUGUUGGGCUAUGACAUGCAACAUUUUUCUCCGCUUGUUGCUAUCAAAGACAGGAAUUUAGAAAUAUCUGCUAUUCCGUUGGUCCACAAUGGAAGAAGAAGAUUUGAAGAUUUCACCAUUCACUUUUUGAUACCAAAAGAAGAAGAAAAUAAAGAUAAGCUGUUGGAAGAAUACUUCAAUCUGGUUGAAAUACCUGUACCUGGUCUGGAGUUUGGUACCAUCCACUUAAUUAAAGCUGCUAGGCUGGAUGAAGGCAAUCUCCCUGAAGACUUGAACUUGGUGGAGGAUUACUAUCAGCUGGUGAAUCAUGAGUACAAGCGGUGGCAGAACAAUCUGCCUGAGAAAAACAGGCCCUUUCACAACCGGGUACAAAUAAAUGGUACUGUAUAUCAAGGGUCUCUCACAGAAGAAAAAUGCACCACAUACGGAUGUCCUUUUUAUUGUUCUGUAGAGACAAAGCCAUUUUGUCAUGAGUGUUUUGAACAGGCAAAGGCCACAAAGACCGAAAGCAAACCAAAAGCUCAUGGGCAGCAGAAAAAGAAGGGAUGCUGCCCUCCUAGGACUGAGUUGGUUAUCGCUGCGACAUCCACAGACCCAGAGCGCUCAUCGCGGCCUCGUUCAGCACCCCCAACGGCUCCCAGUCUUGCUCUCUUCAGUGAAACAAAUGCUAUGAAAUGCAAGGUUCCCAAUUGUCCCUUUACAUUAAAUGUGCAGCAUAAUGGAUUAUGUGAACGCUGCUUUAAAUCAAGGACAGUGAUGGCAAACAACGUUUCCGAUAGAACUUCUGAGUUGAAAAAAGCUUGUCAAACAGAGCUCAGCUCUGAGAGGUUGGGUUCGCCCCAGGAGAACAUCAGGACUAAACAAGGUACGGGUAAUCCAUUACAUCAAGAGUGCACUCAGUGCAGUCGAUGUCAUCAGGACACUGGAAAGACAAUUAAUGGAUUAUGUAAUAUGUGCUUGUUAAAGACAUUUCAAGGAAUUGUUUCAUCUUCACAUGAAGACUCUGGGUCUCAAUUUUCAGGGCACGAGAGAUCACAUUCAGAUCCAAGCCAAAUUACAAGGAAUGUGGGUCACCCAUCAGCCAGUGAUCAACACCAGACCUCAAAUGUAUGGGCUUCUGCUACAGGGCCACAGGUUUCUGACACCACACAACAAAACCGAGCCACCUACAUCCCAGAGGAACCAAAUAGGGCCUGCCAAUCGUGCAAGAACUCUGGAUGCCAGUUUUUUGGAACAAAAGAAAAUCACGGUUACUGCACCAUCUGCUAUAUUGAGUAUAGAGAAAACGUAGGUGAAAGCUCUUCGGCUAAUCAGAACCGCCGGAGUGCACGGUCUUCUCACCGUCCACCUCAGAGUGAUUUGAGAUUCCAGAACAUGCCUCGAUGUCGCGGUCAAGACUGCAGCGCAUUUGGAAACAGUCACUUUGAAGGAUAUUGUCAAAAAUGUUUCAUAGAUACACAGUAUCAAAGAUACAGGGAAGCAACAGGAUCUAAAGGCCAAUCUAGUGCUAAUGCAGCCUAUCUUCAGCCUACUGAUCGCAAUGAAUUGAAUAAUCGGAGAAUUAAAUGUGCGAAGAACUCCUGUAAUAACAUUCUAACAUCCAGUGACUGUGAACUUUGCUUAGAGUGUCGACAAGACAAUCAUGACAACACCCGGGAUCCGGCCUCAAAUCACCCACCAGUGCAGCGUUGCCAUGCCCCAGGGUGUGAACAUUUUGGCAACAAUAAGUGCAAUGGAUACUGUAAUGAAUGCUAUGCUUUCAUUUCCAGUUACAGGAGAAAGUAGAUUUCAGUGCAAAUAAUGGAGACAAAGGACAUUUUUUUUUCCAGGAGGACUUGCUGUUUUUGGAGCCCUUAAUGGAAAUUAAAAUACAGAAUGAAAAGCAUUCUUAAAAACAUAUUAAAAUUGUUUGAUUUGUAAUUUGACAUAUUUAUUAUAUAAAUUGUUUUACAAUUGUAUUCCGUUUCGAAAAACAAAAUUAGUUUUCAUUCCUCUAUACUUUAUACUAAAUAGAAUUAAUUCUGAUUGAUUAAAACUCUAAUAAUGUUUGCACAUGGACUAUCAACUUCCUAAUAAAUUAUUUAUGAAAUUCAC